UAAAGAUUGUAGUCCAAAUUAACGGACAAAAAAAGGUCGUGAUUUCAGCCCCAAAAGACCUAAACCAGAAAGAAAUGGAGGAAUUAGCCAAAAAUGACUCUGUCAUAAGUAAACUGUUACAUGCUAAACAUGAUAAAAGUAGUUGUGAAAGUGAUUUGAAGUUGAAUAAUGGAGAAUAUGAUAAAGAAUUAGCGAAAGAGCAUGAGGAAUGGACGGGGGAGAUUUAUCAGUUAAUUAAUGGUUCGGGGAAGUAUGAGGAGUGGGAGAGGAGGUGGAAAGAAAUUUAA